AUUUCAGAUGGAAUUAUGGAAAAGCUGUAUAUUUCUGUUUUUAAAUUUUUGCAUUCAAUCUGAAGGUAUCGUCAGAACAAGUUACGGCAAUUGGAAUAUUCCAAAAAUUGGUGAUAGAAAUAUACCUUCAUUUCUUAUUGACGAAUCAAAGAACCAAUUUCUACUCGAUGGUCUUCCAUUUCGUUACAUCUCUGGAUCCAUUCAUUAUUUCCGAAUUCCUCGUGAUCGGUGGGACGAACGUCUCGGGAAAGUUCGAGCUCUUGGAUUUAAUGCAAUUCAGUAUUAUAUUCCAUGGAAUAUGCACGAGCUUGAAGAAGGAAAUCAUGACUUUUCUGGACUUCUCGAUUUCGCAGAGUUUUCCAUGAUGGCUUUUCAUAAAUAUGGAUUAUGGACAAUUUUGAGAGUCGGACCGUAUAUUUGUGGAGAAUUGGAAAAUGGAGGGCUUCCAUGGUGGCUUCUCAACAAAAAUGUGACAAAGCAAAGAAGUAGUGAUCGAGUGUUUACCCGCGAAGUCGAGAAUUGGUUUGAAAUUCUUCUUCCAAGAGUCAAGCCACUUUUACGUAAAAACGGUGGACCUGUCCUGAUGCUUCAAAUUGAAAAUGAGUACGGUAGUUACGAUGCAUGCGAUCAACAAUAUCUUCGAUUCUUGCGAGAUCUUACAAGAUCACUCGUUGGGGAUGAUGUUCUAUUAUUCACAACUGAUGGUUCUGCCGAGUCUCUGCUAAAAUGUGGAACAGUGGAAGGAGUAUUUCCAACUGUAGACUUUGGUCCAACUGAUGAUGCUAAAGAAAUCGAAAACAAUUUUAAAUUACAAAGAAAAUUUGCACCGAAUGGCCCUCUAGUAAAUUCGGAAUAUUAUCCUGGAUGGUUGGUACUUUGGGGACAAAAGAAGCAAAAUUUACCGUCUCCACAAACAAUAAUCAAUGGAUCACAAACUAUGUAUUCUCUUGGUGCCAGUUUCAAUUAUUAUAUGAUUCACGGAGGCACCAAUUUUGGAUUUUGGAAUGGUGCAGAAACUGAGGCUCCUUGCAUUACUUCUUACGAUUAUGAUGCUCCGAUUAGUGAAUCUGGAGAUGUAACAACCAAAUAUUUGGAAAUAAGAAAAUGGAUCAAAGGAUUGACUGAUUGGCCAACUCCACCAUUGGAUGUUCCAGGAAAUUCACCAAAAGGAAGAUUUGGAAAAAUCAAGAUGAGACUAGUGCAUUCCGUUGAAAAAUUGAAAACACUAACUUCAUUGGGAGAUCCCGGAGAUUGUGUUGAAACUGAUAAACCAAUCAGUUUUGAGACAUUGAAGCAUCCAUUAGGAUUGGUAGCUUAUCAGGCAAAAAUUAACUCAUGUGGAAACUUGACAAUUCCCUCAUUUGGAGAUUUUGUUCAUGUUUAUCUCAAUGGAAAGUACAUUGACACUCUCACGCGAAGAUAUUACAACCUGACCAGAAACUCAGUGAUCAUUGAAGGUUGCCUGGAGAAUGAAGAGAAUCGGCUUUUUAUGUUGGUCGAAAAUCAAGGAAGAAAAACAUUCGAAACAAUUAAUGAUAGAAAGGGAAUUCUUUCGGAUGUUUUUAUGAAUGGACAGGCGAUUCAAUUUUGGACUCAAUGUGGAAUCAAGCUUCCUCUUCAAGAAGACUUCUACUUCAGAAAAGCAAUGAGAAACAAUUACCGGAAGAAUGUUAAAAGUAAUCAAAAACAGGGAGUUUUCAUUGGAAUUCUUAGUGUGGAUGCCCCAACUGAUACAUGGCUUGACACUACUGGAUGGGGAAAAGGAAUUGCAAUUGUGAAUGGAAGAAAUUUUGGAAGAUAUUGGCCAACUAAAGGUCCACAAAUGACUUUGUACAUUCCAGCAGAAUUCUUGAAAAUUGGAGAAAAUUCAGUGAUGAUGGUUGAGCUAGAAGGAGCUGAGGAAGCUUGUACAAGUACAUCAUCGUGCAUUGCUGACUUUAUUGAUCAUCCUGUUUUUGAUUUUCAAUGAUUUGGUUAAAACUUCUUGCCAUUAAUUUCUUUACCAUCAAAAUAU